AUGGAUGGAGCUUUCGAAAACAAAAGCACUGACAACGACGGUAGCGAUGAAAUUUUUAUUUCUAUUUGUGAUGUAAACAGAAAAAGAUAUAAUAGCUAUAUAAAGUUAUAUAACUUCAAUAAUAAUAAUAUAAAGAUGGCAUCAACACCAGAAUCGGAUGAUUAUCACCCAAUCGUUAUUCUUAUCGACGAAUUGAAGAAUGAUGAUAUUCAAUUAAGAUUAAACUCAAUUCGUAAAUUACAAUCUAUUGCAAAGGCAUUGGGACCAGAGAGAACUCGUAGUGAACUCAUUCCAUAUCUUCAAGACUCUGUAUUGGAAGAUGAAGAUGAAGUUUUAGUAGCGUUGGCAGAGGAACUAGGUAAACUUACAGAUUUCGUCGGUGGAAAUGAACAUGCUACAUGUUUGUUACCACCACUACAGAUGUUGGCUGGUGCAGAGGAAGUCGUUGUCAGAGAGAAAGCAGUCGAUGCACUCAACAAGAUCUGUUCUGAAUUAUCACAAUCUGCAUUCGAAGACUGUUUCCUUCCACUCUUGCUCAACCUCUCCAAAGCCGAUUGGUUCACCUCGCGUACCUCUGCAUGUGGUUUGCUCACCGUUGCAUACCCAAGAGCAUCAUCUGAAAUGAAAAAGAAUUUGAGAAAAACUUUCAGUACAUUAUGUCAUGACGAUACACCAAUGGUUAGAAGAGCUGCUGCAACUCAUUUAGGAAAUUUCUCUAAACAAAUUGAAAAGGAUGCUGUUAAAUCAGAGAUGUUACCAUUAUUUACAUUUUUAGCAAGCGAUGAACAAGAUUCCGUUAGAUUAUUGGGUGUCGAAAACUGUGCAAUCAUCGGAUCUAUGCUUAGCAACGAAGAGAAUAUCCAACACAUCUUACCAAUUUUGAAAUCAAGUGCUCAAGAUAAAUCGUGGAGAGUUAGAUAUAUGGUUGCUCGUUUAUUCAAAGAGUUAUGUGAUUCAAUGGGACAAGAGAUAACAAAGUCAGAGUUGGUUGGUUCAUUCGUUAAAUUGUUAAAGGAUACUGAAGCAGAGGUACGUACUGAAGCAGCGCAGCGUGUUACAGAGGUAUGCGCUUUGAUCUCAAAGGAUAUGAGCGUCAAGAACAUCUUGCCAUGUGUCAAGGACUUGGUAUCGGAUGUUUCACAACACGUACGUGCAGCACUCGCACAAGUGAUCAUGGGAUUGUGUCCAAUCUUUGGUAAGGACGACACCUUGCAAUAUCUUUUGGAGUUGUUCCUCCAGUUGCUCAAGGACGACUUCCCCGAUGUCCGUUUGAAUAUCAUCUCCAAGUUGGACGCCGUCAACAAGGUCAUCGGAAUCGAGAUGCUCUCACAGUCAUUGUUGCCAGCGAUUGUAGAGUUGGCCGAGGACCAACAAUGGAGAGUCCGUCUUGCCAUCAUCGAUUACAUCCCAUUGUUGGCAUCACAAUUGGGUGUCGAAUUCUUUGACGAGAAGCUCGGUAACCUCUGUAUGACCUGGUUGGGUGACCCCGUAUUCUCAAUCAGAGAGGCUGCCACCAACAACCUGAAGAAACUGACAGAGGUAUUCGGUGUCGAAUGGGCCAAAUCAAAUAUCAUUCCAAAAGUAUUGACCUUACAUUCACAUCCAAAUUAUCUUUAUCGUAUGACCACUCUAUUUUCUAUUGGUGUUCUCUCACCAGUUGUUGGUAGUGAUGUAAUUGCAAGUUCUAUGAUUCCAUUGUUGACAAAGAUGGUCACUGAUAAAGUACCAAACAUCAGAUUCAAUGUUGCCAAAACAUUCCAAAUUAUUAUUCCAUUACUCGAUAGCACCAUUGUACAAUCAAGAGUUAAGCCAUCACUUCUUAAACUUCUUGAGGACCCAGAUAAAGAUGUAAAAUUCUACGCAAAUCAAGCUCUUCAAUUAUGUUGA